AGGAGCAACUGUUCCCAGUUGAGUAGACCAUCAUGGCUGUGAACAUCCCAGGUGUGAUAGUGAUGGUGGUUUUCUACGGGCUGGUCCUCGGGACUGGCAUCUGGGCCUCUUGCAAGUCCAAAAGGGAACAGAAAAAAACUGCAGCCACUGGAAUGGAGAUGGCACUGCUGGGAAACCGAGGCAUUAACUGGGUGGUGGGAAUCUUCACAAUGACAGCCACGUGGGUCGGAGGAGGCUUCAUUGUUGGGCUAACUGAGAUGAUGUACACACCCUCGAUGGGACUGAUGUGGACCAUCAUGAUGAUAACAGCGUACAGCACAUCGUUCAUUUUUGGUGGGCUGGUGUUUGUGAAGCCGAUGAGAGCGAGGAAGUGUGUGACCAUGCUGGACCCGUUUCACCUGAAAUAUGGAAAAGUAGUCACAGCUGGACUGUGCCUGCCUUCACUUUUUCAGGAUGUGGUUUGGGUGCCUACAACACUAAUUGGUCUAGGAGGAACCAUGAGCGUGGUGCUGGAUUUGUCCUUUCACCUGUGCACCUGGAUCUCUGCUGCCAUUGCCGUCAUCUACACGCUGAUGGGAGGUCUCUAUUCUGUGGCCUACACAGAUAUUAUACAGCUUGUCCUCAUAUUUAUCAGCUUGUGGAUCUGUGUUCCCUUUGUCAUGAUGAACCCUCACUCCUUGGACAUUAGCCAGACGCUGAUGAACAAUCCCUUCCACGCUCCAUGGAUCGGAAGACUGGAGCUGAAAAGGAUCUGGAUUGUGAUUGAUGAUUUUUUAUACCUGUCAUUAGGCAGUCUGGGAUAUCAGUGCUUCCACCAGAGAACGCUGGCAGCUUCUUCCUCAGCCACGGCCAGGCUAACAUGCAUCGUUGCUGCUUUCGUCCUUCUUGUUUUUGGAAUUCCUCCCAUACUGCUCGGUGCUGCUGUGUCCUCCACAGUUUGGAACCUGACUUCAUAUGGUUCUCCGUCUCCAUAUGAACGAGGGGAAGCCGGACUAGUGCUCCCCAUUGCCCUGCAGCACCUCACCCCACCCUUCAUCUCCAUUAUUGGUAUUGGAUGUAUUGCUGCUGCCGUGAUGUCAUCAGCUGACUCUGCUUUGCUUUCUGCGUCUUCUGUUUUCACCACCAACAUUUACAAGUGUCCUGAGGCCUCAGACAGAGAGAUUCAGUGGGCGAUCCGUGCUGCUGCUGUUGUAGCGGGCGUAGUUGGUACAUCACUCACUAGCCUGGAAAACAGCAUCAUCAUUUUCUGGUUCGUUGGAGCUGAGGUGGCCUAUGCUGUAGUUUUCCCUCAACUCGUCUGUGCCCUCUUCUUCAAAAUUUCCAAUGGUUACGGAGUUAUCGCGGGCUGUGUGGUGGGACUGACGUUAAGAGUGCUCAGCGGAGACCCGGCUCUACGACUGCCAGUCCUCCUCUGCUGUCCAGGAUGCACCCUUGAAGACGGUGUGUACGUCCAGUACGCCCCGGUAAAGACCAUCUCCAUGGUGUCUUCCAUUGGUGCCAUAUUGUUCUUCUUCUACCUGAUGUCCGUGCUCUUCAACAAAAACCUGCUUCCUGAGAAGUUGGACGUGUUCAGAGUGAAAGUCCAGCCCUCACCAACAGGUGGUACCCCAGAAGACAAUGACAGACUAAAGAGCCAAUCAGAGCCAAUGAUUAGCACAUGUUAGCAUUCCUGUGUAGAUGACCUGUUUUCUUGGAAUAAGAUAGACAAGAAAGUUCAGGUUACUUACUUAAAGUAUAACUCUCAGUGCUUCUCAAAGCACAUCACCACAGGUCACAGCGCAGGUCCAAGCCUGGGCCUGUCGCUUCCCCCCCCGCCCCACAUGGAUGUUAAAGAUUAAGUACAAAGAAUCAGUCUCAGUUUGGUGUGAUGUGAAUGUAGAAAACAAACAGUGAAAAUGGGGGUGUAGGCUUAUCUUUAUAUACUUUUUAAAAAUUAAAAGCAUACAG